AGCUCCUUCACGCAGCAUCUCCGCUCCGCUUCCUCCGGUCUCCGCCCUCCUCUCCCUCCUCUUCCUCCGCGGUUCCGCUGCCGGUGGAUGGAGGCUGGCAGCCCGGAGGCGCGCACCAUGCUCGGACUCGGCCGCUGGCUCACCGCUGAGGACCUCCCCGCUCCCCGGAGACCUCCUCCCGGAUUGACCCGCGGCUGAACACCGGGUGCCUGGUCCGGAUCAUGGCAUGCUGCCCUCACCGGCCCUCCAGCACUGAUCAUGGGGCUCCGGUCCAGGACCGUCGCUAGCGGCUCCGAGGAGCAGAAGAAGACCUCCGGCGCUCCUCUUCCUCCUUCCGGGGACUUACUGGACCAAAGCGGCGGUGGAGGAGCGGACAAAGAUGGGGCCCUGCUGCUUGUGGGCCGGGAGGACUUCAAGCGGGGCGCUCCGGGCAUCACCAUCGGGCUGCUGGCCAAAACCCCCCUGAGCUACACCCGGCCGGCCAAGAGGAAUAACAUCCGCAAGAGGAAGAUCCAGAACCUGAUCUACGACACGCUGGAGAGGCCGAGAGGAUGGGCCCUGCUCUACCACGCGUUCGUGUUUCUGAUCGUUCUGGGAUGUUUGAUUCUGGCCAUACUGACCACAUUCAGGGAACAUGAGAAGGAUUCUGCACACUGGCUGGUCAUACUGGAAACGUUUGCCAUCUUCAUAUUCGGAGCAGAGUUUGCACUGAGGAUCUGGGCGGCUGGUUGCUGCUGUCGCUACAAAGGAUGGAGGGGGAGGCUGAAGUUCGCCCGCAAACCGCUGUGCAUUCUGGACAUCUUCGUGCUGAUCGCCUCGGUGCCGGUGGUGGCGGUGCGUAACCAGGGCAACGUGUUGGCCACGUCGCUGCGCAGCCUGCGCUUCCUGCAGAUCCUGCGCAUGCUGCGCAUGGACCGGAGAGGCGGCACGUGGAAGCUGCUGGGCUCGGCCAUCUACGCUCACAGUAAGGAGCUGAUCACGGCCUGGUACAUCGGCUUCCUGUCUCUGAUCCUGGCGUCCUUCCUGGUCUACCUGGUGGAGAAAGACGACGGCUCGGUCAACGUGUCUGACCAGGAGAACCCCACGGCGCAGAGCCAGCAGCAGGACUUCGACACGUACGCCGACGCGCUGUGGUGGGGGCUGAUCACGCUGACCACCAUCGGAUACGGAGACAAAACCCCGAAGACCUGGGCUGGGAGGCUGUUGGCCGGCACCUUCGCUCUGAUCGGAGUUUCCUUCUUCGCUCUGCCUGCUGGGAUUCUGGGUUCUGGUUUGGCUCUGAAGGUCCAGGAGCAGCACAGACAGAAGCACUUUGAGAAGCGGCGCCACCCGGCGGCCGGACUCAUCCAGUCGGCCUGGCGGUAUUACUCCACCAACCCCAUCAGGGAGGAUCUUAUUGCCACCUGGAGAUUUUAUGAAACCAUCAUCUCUCUUCCCUGCUUCAGGAAGGACACCUUGGAGGCCAUGGUCAGUCAGAAAGUGAGUUUGCUGGAACGGGUCCGCAACUCCAACGCCAGGCCGUCAUUGGGGAUGGUCAGGAAGGUUAACGCCGAGUCCAUCGAGGAGAGCCCCUCCAAGGAGCCCAAACCUGCCGGCUUCAGUAACCGCGAACGCUUCCGGACCGCCUUCCGGAUGAAGGCCUACACGCUGCGGCAGAGCUCUGAAGAUACUGGAGGCCUUGCAGCAGACCCAGUCUUGGAGGACCGGGGCUUCCCGCCAGAGAUCCUUCUGGAGGAGAUGAUCCCGACACUGAAACUGGUCAUCAGGGCAGUCAGGAUCAUGCAAUUUCUCUUGAACAAGAAGAGGUUUAAGGAAACUCUGAGGCCUUACGAUGUCAAAGAUGUGAUUGAGCAGUACUCUGCCGGACAUCUGGACAUGCUCUGCAGAAUUAAAUACCUCCAGACAAGGAUCGACAUGAUUCUUGCCCCUGGACCUCCCCUCACCCCGAAAAGCAAGAAGCCCCAGAAAACACCCUUUAACUACCCAUCCAGCCAGUCACCCAGGCAUGAGUCCUACUUAGCCAAAGCCACGUCCAUGCCAGACACUGAAGACCAAAGCAUGAUGGGUAGAUUUGUCAGGGUGGAGAGGCAGGUGGAGGACAUGGAGAAGAAGCUGGACUUCCUGGUGGACAUGCACAUCCAGCACACCGAGCACCUGCAGGUGGAUUCGGCCGGCGACGCCCGGAUGACCGUGGAGGCCUGCGACCAGACGGCGAACGGUGAGAUCCGCCGGGUUUUCCUCAACUACUCCGAGGUGUUCCCUCAGAUGUCAUACCAGGUGCCUGUCAGCAAAGCCAAUUCGACCUGCAGCAGAGGGCGAGGCGGCAGGCAGGGCGUCAGGUUGGCAGGCGGCGCCAUCCCCACGUAUACGGAGCGGCCGACCGUGUUGCCCAUCAGCUCCCUGCAGGACCUGUCGGCAGGGCGGGGCAGGACCACAGGGGGCCGGGGGGGCGACUCGCCGCUCUCGCUCCUGUCGGUGAACCACGAGGAGCUGGAGCGCUCGCCCAGCGGGUUCAGCAUCUCCGGGGAGCGGGAGGGCGAGGCGGGGUUGGACCUGUCGAUGGGGGCGGCGGUGGCGGCCGGGGAGGCCAGCUGGACGAGAACCAGGCCGAGCUACUUGGCCGAGGGCGAGACGGACACGGACACGGACCCCUUCACGCCCAGCGGGGGCGCCCUGCCCCUCUCCUCCACCGGCGAGGGGUUCGGGGACGCAGAGUGGAACACGCCGCCCUGAAACACGACGUCGCCUCGGCUCUGAGACCUUAAAACCAACCCAUGCCUGUAAAACCCAGAACGCUGGGUCAAAGCCACACCUUUGGGCCGAAGGUGGAUCUAAUCCGCCUCGUUGCUGCGCGUUCUGAACGACCCGCCGUCGACCUGCAGAGACCACCGCGGUCCAGACGGAGUCCGGCAACGAGUCCGCCCCAACGGCAAAACAAAAAAAGGGAAAGCAGACCGUUUGUAAAGAAAAACUCUGUACAGCGCACUCUUCACGAAAAUUUAGCUAAAAAAGAACAUUAUACGUAAUAUAUACACCAAAAGCUUUACUGCUGCAAAGCCAACCGCACUGCAUGUGACGCAUGUGACUUUUAGUGUAGACACUGCAAAUUUCAGGAUUUAUCAGGAAAAAGAACAGAGAUUGAAUGGAACAUAUACCUGCUAUGCCAUUUUGUAACACUUAUUUUUUAUAUGAAGACAUCCUUGUUUCUGCAUGGUUUGCAUGAUGCUGCACCAUUCCUGGGGUGACCAUUAGGGGGCGACACUGGAACCAAAAGUCUCCUGUCUGUUCUUGUUCCUCACCAACCGUCUGUCUCCAUGUUUGAUCCAAACUUCUUACUUUCAUGUCGUUUUGUUUUCGCUGGAAUCAUCUCAGAUUUACUAACUUACAGUCAGAAAAUAUUUGAAACACUAAAUUCUGAUGCUUUGCUGGCACAUGAAUUCAGGGAUAUGAACCGUCUCUCAUCUCAUGAAACACAGGCAACAUAAUGUUGGUCAAUAUGUAAAAAGACACAAAGUAUUUACGCCCCUUUGCUUUUCCCAUGUUUACCCAGAUUUAGUGUGGUAUUCUUAAAAAUAAAAAUCCCCAUAAAACAGUUAUAAUGACAAAGUGAAACCAUGUUAUUGAACUAUUUUGUAAAGUUGCAGUAAAUGUAAAAGUUUAACCAUAACAGGUUUGUACGUUUUCACUGAUUCGCUCAAACUCUGGUGAUAAUUCAGCUCCAUGGACGGCAGCGAUGGGACUCGAUUAAAGCUUAACUGAGUUAAUUACAGAGUCUGUAAUUAAUUAAUUGUUUAAUUUAAAACCGUAUAUUGACAGAAUAAGCAACAAAUUCUCUUGAAAACCAAUUUUUGCUGCUAAAUUAUUUAAUAAAUAGAAACAUGAGCUCAACAACUAAGAUAUUAUAGUUUUUAAUCUGUUAUUUAGUUUCUUAAACCAUCUGAUUGGAUCAAAAUUUUAUUCUGUCCAGGACUGUGGACGCUAACAUUAGCAUUAGCUGCUACAUGUUUAGCAUUGAGAUGCUAUUUUAGGCUAGCAUAGCUUCCCUGAUAUGCUAACUCCUUUUAGCACAACUUGAACACAACAACAGUUUUUUCUAGCAUCCAAUCAGGUCAUUUAUACAGAAAUGACCCCAGAGGGCCGAGAGGAGCGGCUUCGUCGUCCAUCGCUGCUGUUAGCGGUUGCAGCUUCUGCAUCAGAUUUACAGACCAGAAACAUGCAAACCUUUGUAUGGACAAAAAAUGAGAUUAAUUAGGUUAAAAUGUGUGACAAGUUUCUCAGUGCAGAACAGAGCAGAAAGUCAUGAAGGUAAAGUGGCUGGAGACGGAUAUGAACUUAUAACAUGUAGAAAAGCUCCAAGAACCACCAGGUUCCUACUGGACCAGAACCCAGGAAAACCUGAAGCUUCAGAGGCUGUGAAACGCUUCGUAAGAAACUUUGGGAAGUAAACAAAAACAUUUAUAAAACAUGUUUUAACAUUUAAAUUAUGGGGCUGUGUGUAAAUCUCAGAUUUCUGACAACAUUUUGAAGGAUCAGAAAACUUCAUAAUGUGAAAAUAAAUUUGAAAUAAAAAACUCAGAACCUGCUCUUUAUAAACGUCAAUGUAGCAUUUUCAAGUUUCUCAGCUGAGAUUUAUUCAAGACUUUCCCUAAAAUGACCCAAACAGAGAAAUAUAAUCAAUUCUGAUUUAUUUUGGAUUGUCUGAAUAAUUUAUUCUUGUCUCAGUUUAUGCUUGAUUUACAGGAAAGUGUUGCUCCAUAAACCUAUUUCUGAGUCGUAAACAGCUUUAAAAAGUGAAAUCUGAGGGUUUUUAAAAGUUUUCUACAUUAGUCGAUGUUAAUGUUGCCGUUUUGAACUCUGAGGUUUUUCUUGCUAAAGACAAAAAUAUUAAUUUUAGAACAUUUUGACUAAAGUUUACUGGGAUUUUAUGACAGAGCAACACAACGUAAUGCAACGUAGGAAAAGCAAUGCUUCGCUUUCAGGUUUCUAUAAUAAAUAAUCAAGUCAUUAAAUUGUAAAAAGUGAAAUGAAUCCUCCUGUAACAGCUGCCUAAAGUGGAACCAUAAAGUUGUAAUUUCACUGCGAUUAGCUGGUGCAUGUUUUAAAACUUAAUUCUUUACUAUUUUUGCUAUCAAUGAAAAUAAUGUACUUAUUAAGAAAGUAAUUAAAUCUGCUGCUAAUCUUUUUAUAUAUUUUGAAAAGUUAAACACUAAACUUAUUAUAUGCUAAAAUAAAUGCAUAUUUAGCUUUGUUAUGUUUGAAUUGCUCUAAAAUGGUUCAAAAUAAUUUAAAUAUAUACCAGGCCUUAAUAAAUCUAGUGUAGGAAAUGUUAUUUAUCCUACUUUGCAAUAAGACAUUUAUAUAUACUUAAAGUUUCUUAAUUGUAUUUAAAUCUUGUUCUAUUUGUAAUUUUGAAAUCUGGAUGUUGUGAACGACCUGGAAACAUUUUGAGGCCUGAACUGCUUUUCCUACUUUACUGUAGAAUCACAGAUUGUGACGUAAAACCUGAAAAACUUUGAAGACUUGAUUUAUCAGCUGGUAUCGCAUGUAGAAGCAGAUAAUACCACACCGAGCCUCCGCUCUGCUUUUAUUACUCUACUAUAAGCUCUAUUUAACAAUCUCACUCUGUGUAGACGGUUUUAUAUUUUUGAAGCGCUGCAGAUCUUCUGUAUAUUUUAAAAAGUAAAUGUAGAUUUAAUAGGAAAAGCAGAACUCCUUGAAUUCAAACUUGUUAGUCUGUUUUUUAAUGAGCCGUAAGAAGAUGUUUCCUCAGUUCGUUCAGCAGUCAAGAAUUUUAUAACUUAUAGGGAAUAGUUUGAAUUUAAUGGGGUUGUGUGGAGUAGCUAUAAGUAGUCAGUUUUUUACCUACUAGGUAGGACUCAGUGUGAUCUCAGUGACUUGUUAAGGACAUUAGUUAGUGUGAAGGUGGUGAAUGUAGCUGAUAGUUGCUGUCACACUAACAGAAAAACCAACUCUCAAACUAAUUUUCAAGAUAAUAAAUGAGCUAACUGUAAAGCUAACAGGCUAAUAGUUGAGCUAACAGUCCCAUCUUCACCACGGGCCAUUUGUUGGUCAGAAAACCUUUAUGAUUUGCUUGUUGUGCUCAGGGACCAGACUCACUGCUACUAGCAAUACAAGCUAAUGUCGUUGUAUUUUAUGCAUUUACCGAAUAGAGAAUAUGCUGACAAACAUAUUUUAUUCAGCAGGAUAUGUGACUGAUUUUAAUAAAAAAUAAACAGAAGGAUGAAAACUUUUGCCUGUUUGCCUGUUGCACCAAAACCUCUGACUUCACAGUUCAGACUGAAUUUGGAUUUCUCAUUCAUUUCAAACUUGGACUCAGAUUUUUACUUCUGA